AUGUCCAAGAAAUUUAACUUAAGCUUUCGAAGAAGCGAGAAGAAGGCGUUUAGGAAUAUAGCUCAUGGGUUGAUACCUGCUGCCACCAUUGCCCCCCGACCUGCUGUUCCCCGAACCCCCCCUCCCCGCAGCCCAAAUCCCUCUCCGGAAAGACCCAGGUCUGCCUUGGCGGCUGCGAUAUUGUCCUCUUCGCUGACUGGACGCACUGUGGCCAUCCCUCCCCCUAGAGCGCGGUCUUACUCCGAGAGUGACUGCUCCCACUCUGACACCCAUACCGAGUUUGAGCCAUUCGCCAGUACAGCCCUCUACACACGAGACAAAUGGCCAGAUUCUAUGGUUGGCAGGCCGCGUCUACCGUCCCCCGGACAGUCUGGUGAUGAAGAGAGUGAAAAUGAUGAAGAGGUUGUGGGGAGAGAGGUGUUCUCUGAUGAAGGCCACAUGUAUGAGUCUCUGGAGGGACGGGGGGCGGUUCCUGUUUUAGACCCUGUGUAUGCCGUGCCUCUGAAGAAGAGUUGUACACAGUCAGAAGAGGAGGAGGAAACGGAGGACUCGGUAUUUGACGUUGUGUCUCCUUUACAAACCGAAGAUACAGCAGAUGAUGCAACUGCCCGGUCUCUGAAAGAGACGGCGAAGAACACAUUGAGCAAGAAGACAUCGUCUCUGAAAAAGGGUUCAGUCAGAGAGCGUGACGACAGAUCAGAGGCGAGUCUGGAGCACAGACAGCUGAUGGAGGAGCAGGGGAGACUGGUGAGAGAGCUAAAGGCAAAGACAGAGGCACUGGAGAGGAGAUGUUCAGAACAGACCGACCAGCUGCAACGGCUGGAGCAGGAGUUACGAGACACCUCCAAGAACCAGGCCCCUCCAGCAGGUGAGAGCGCAGAACUGCAGAGUCUGAGGCAGCAGGGCCAGGAACUGGUGGAUGAGAAUGACGGGCUGAAAAUGACCGUCCAUCGACUCAGCGCGGAGCUCAGCCGAUACCAGACCUGUUUUAGACCCCUUGCGAAGGAGGAGAUGGCGAGGACCAGUGGUUUGCCAAUGAAAGGGCCUGCACCACCCUGGCUGCUCGAUAUGAAGUAUUUAUCUCCCUUGUUACUCGCCUAUGAAGAUCAGUUGGCUGGAAAAGAUGCCCUCUUCAAAUCCUGUGAGGAGGAACUGAGGAGGUUAAAGUCACGGACCACUGAAGUGGUGCAGGAGAAUGAGAGACUCCACAAACAGCUGGAAAAGUCAAGCGCUGUCAGUCAAAAAGAGUGGAAGCAGCUUCAGGAUCAGGCUCGGCUAGUGUUGCAGGAGAAUCAGGUGUUGAUUGAGCAGCUGGAGCUGCAGCAUGUUAAAGCCAAAGAGACACAUAGUCGACACACACAGGAGGUGUCUAAGGUGGCCAAACAGGUGAUGUUGUUGGAGGCCGAUAAACAGUCUCUGGAACAGGAGCUGCAGGAGGUGCGGAGGGAGCUCCAUGCUCUGCGAGCCCAGCACCAGCAAGCUUGCACCUCCCUCAAAAACGCUGUCAGCUGGGAGGAGCACACCGCCGUCACCGCCAAACUAAAACGGCAGCUGGAGGAAGAGGAGAGGAGGAAGGGCAGUGAGGUAGAGGAGCUGCUCGGUAGACUGAGCGCUCUGCAGGAGGAGAGGAAGACUCUGGUACUGGAGAAGACCAACCUCAGCGCAGAAGUGAAAAGCAUAGAGGUGGAACUGGAGCAGUCUCGCCAGGCCAACAGGAGAGCCCAGCGGCGGAUUGGUAUGUUGAAGCAGCAGGUGGAGGAGUCUCUGGAGAAGGAGAUGAUGGCUCACCAGUAUCUGUCUAGCAUAGUGACUCUGGCAGAGAAAACCACACAGGAGAGAGACCAGCUCGUGCACAUGGCCUCUGCUCUGGAGAGGGACAAGCAGGGCGUGCUCACGCGCAUCAUAGAUGGAACUGUACGCCUUGGCAAGCUCCAGGAAAAGGUCAAGGUGUUCCGGAAGCAGGCGGCGGUAAGCGUGGGUGUCAUGGGUCAGAAGCUGCAGGAGCAGGAGCAGGACUUUGCCGGGAGAGCUGCUUGUUUCCAGAGGGAGAUCCAGCACCUGCAGAAGGAGCUGAAAACCAGGCAGGAGGCGCUGGAUGGAGCACUGCAGCAGAGGAGAGAAGUGGAGAACGAGCUUGAAGUCGUGUGGGAGGCGGCCACCAGAGAGAACCAGCGAAUCAGAGAGGUUAUGCUGGGGUCAUCCAGAGCUGAGGGGUCGCCGAGUCCAGCCAUGCUCCUCCCACCGCAGUGCUUGACUGACGACCCUUCCCCGAGCUGGGCGCUCCGCCACGAGGACGAGUUUUCCCCUCAGCACCGACCUGCCACCACGGCGCCCCCUGCCUUCACAACCCGGCAGAGCAGCGCCUUACCGGAACGAGCGCUGCACCGGAGCCCCGCGUUUGAGUCCGACUCCGACCAGCACCAGAACCCGUCGUCCGACGAGAGCGAGAAAAACGGCCUGGACUUCUACUCCUGA